UUUUGGAACAGCCUUCCUUAAAGGAAGACAACCUACGAACGCUGCUGGAACUCAAUGGGGGUGUAUGCGAAGUGGUGACCGGCGUUGGUCUCGGCAUGUUUGAGUAAAACUUGCUCCUUCUUGGGCUCACAGAUACCUUAUUAUGUGCAUCCGGUCCUCUCAGUACCGGGAUAUUCCAUCAAACAGAUCCAUUGACGAGCGCUCGCCGGUGUAUUUCGCCGACAAUCCAAAACAUCUCGUGGAAGCCUGGGCCGAUAACGGCGACGGCGUAGGCAGAGCCGGAUUUGCGAUUCAAGUCCAUCGUUCAGCACUUCUCUAUCACUGCUCGACCCAUAACCUUCUUCAGGGACUCAGCGGCCUCUUAAUACGGAAAAUUGAAGGCAAUUAUAACAAUGUCGUCGGAUUUCCAGCUGCAUCUUUCUUCCCGCUCUUGGACCUUUUAGUUGAAGAGGAAGCAGAUUUUCUGGAUGUAUAAUGCAAGUAGUCCAAUAUAGAUGCCUGUUCUUGGCC